AUCAACUUGUUUUUAUUUUCGUUUGGUAUUAUUGUAUUUUUGGUUUUUCUCUCCUUCUCUCUCAUAAUUUACAUGGAAUAUCAAAAUUAAAUGUAAUUGUUAUUCUGUUAAAUUGAUCAUCUUUUUCUCUUUCAACAGUGUCUCGUGUCUCUUUCUCCCUACCUUGCUUACUUUUUUCUUCUUUAUCUUAUUAUUCUAUCUCUGACUUGUCUUGAUCAAAUUUUUACUAUGUUAACAAACAUUCCAGAGCCCAAGUUAAUUAAGGAAGGAUGGCUUUUAAAAAGAGGUGAACACAUUAAAAAUUGGAGGCCAAGGUAUUUUAUUCUAUAUGAUAAUGGUGAUCUCAAAGGAUUUAAACAAAAACCUGAAAGAGAUUUUGGUGAACCUUUAAAUCGUUUCACUGUUAGAGGAUGUCAGGUGUUUAAAAUUGAAAAAUCAAAGCCUUAUACCUUUCUGUUGAAAGGUCUCCAUUGGUCAAGUGUUAUUGAAAGGACUUUCUGUACUGACACUGAUUCUGACAGAAAUGAAUGGUGCCAAGCCAUUGAACAUGUUGCCUCCGUUAUGUCGGCUAAUGAUGAUCAGGAUAUGUACAUAGAUAUGGAUCUCAAGGAAGAUGAAGAUAUGAGCAGUAGACUCAACAUAACCCGUAACAGUUCAUCAUCAAGGGACAGAAAAAUUAGUAUCGAAGAUUUUGAGUUCAUCAAAGUUCUGGGCAAAGGAACUUUUGGCAAAGUAAUAUUGUGCCAAGAGAAAGCAAGUCGAAUGCUUUACGCAAUGAAAGUGCUAAAGAAAGAAGUGAUCAUCGCUAAAGACGAAGUAACCCACACAUUAACCGAAAACCGAGUCCUAAAGAAUACUAAACAUCCUUUUUUAAUUACACUAAAAUAUUCAUUUCAAACAGAUCUACGUCUAUGUUUCGUAAUAGAAUAUGUUAAUGGGGGUGAAUUGUUUUUCCAUCUGUCAAAGGAGAGGAUAUUUACCGAAGAUAGAACAAGAUUUUAUUCCAGUGAGAUACUUUUAGCUCUCGAUUAUCUUCAUUCACAAGGAAUAAUAUACAGAGACUUAAAGUUGGAAAACUUACUUCUAGAUAAAGAUGGUCAUAUUAAGAUUGCCGAUUUUGGCCUUUGUAAGGAAGACAUUAAUUGGGGUACAACAACUAAAACCUUUUGUGGGACACCCGAGUAUUUGGCUCCAGAGGUAUUGGAAGACUCUGAUUAUGGUCGAGCUGUUGAUUGGUGGGGAUUGGGUGUUGUUACGUAUGAAAUGAUGUGUGGCCGUUUACCUUUCUAUGAUCGUGAUCAUGAUGUUCUAUUUGAACUUAUUUUAAUCGAAGAGGUCAAAUUCCCAAGGAAUCUUUCAGUUGAAGCUAAAAGUCUUCUGUCUGGUUUACUCAAUAAAGAUCCGAAACAACGUCUCGGCGGUGGACCUGAUGAUGCUAAAGAGAUCAUGGUUCAUCCAUUUUUCGCCGGUGUCAAUUGGCAAGAUGUCCUCGAGAAGAAGGUUUCUCCGCCAUUUAAACCCGCCGUUACAUCCGAUACGGACACUAGAUAUUUUGACUCUGAAUUUACCGGUGAAUCAGUUAAAUUAACACCACCUAGAGAUCCAACUAAUUUGAAUUCCAUAUCGGAAGAGGAUGAAUUGCCUUAUUUCCAACAAUUCUCCUAUCAUGGCAGCACAGGAGCUUGAUUGACCAAGCAAUCAAAUGAAGCUUUUUUUACAAGUCGAUAAAAUGGCAAAUCAAAUUGUUACCAAUUGCAAUUAACUUUUAAUUUUAACUUUCUUUUUAUUAUUAUAAUUAUUAUUACUUUAAUUAUCUAAUUUUGUUUGAUAAUGAUGAUACAAUGUUACAAUUUAAUUAAUAAUAAACUCCCUCUAUCUCCUUAA